CUCAUUGAUGGUGUGCUGCACAUACAAAACGUGACUGAACAAGACAGCGGACAAUAUGAGUGCACUGCUACAGCAACAUUUCUAUCAAAUGGCGGUGUUCAUAUGCAUAUUGACAGAAAGGUGUUAUGGAGUGUUACUGUAUACAGUUUACCGCGUGUUAGUCUAUCUUUAUCUCAACUAAGCGACACACGCACUGAACAAGUCUGCAACACAACCAACCUUGUUGUUCCCUGCAUUCUAAAUCAUCUCCCAACUACAGUAAAGUGUCAAGCAAAAGGAUCUUUUCCGAUGUUGAUUCAACUAUUUCGCAACGCCCAGUUGCUGUUAGAGCAAAACGUGACGAAUGCCAAUCAUGCUGUGCAGCACACAAUUUUAUCUCCUCGUUCAGGAAUCUAUCAAUGUAUCGCUAGAAAUGAGUAUGGCAGCAAACAAUCAUCACUCGACGCAACAUUAUCAGGUGUUGUUCCAACUGUUUCUGCUACAAGUCGCUUAUCAACAACCGCAGCUACAUCUCCACAGUCUACUGACUACGUGACUACGUCACAGUCAACUCUUCGAGCGUCAAGUACGUCAACUAGUUCCUCAUUUUCGUCUCAACCUACGAAUGCAACAUCUCAUAAUGUGCAAUCUACUUCUGGAACGAAGUCUCCUAGAGUCACUAGUGCUCCAGUUACCGUCACACAAGCUAAUGCGUCAUCCGUGUCUCUAUCCUUCGACUCUCAACCUUCCUACCACUUCGACACCACGCACCAGCUCGUCUUUUCAACGAUCAGAUCUUAUACCAACGACAUCAACCGUUUUGCCAACGUCUCAAACCGCAUCACCUCCAUUCCAUCAUACAAACACUCCUUCCUCAUCAGGUGCAGCAAAACUUCCUAUUGGAAUAGUGACGAAUUCAGCGACUAGUGGAGGCGCAAGUAAAAGUACGACUAAGCCAGUAACAAAAGCAACGACACGAACGCGUAAGUAUAGUAAUUUAUAAAUUUAUCUAGUUCCUAAAAUGAGUUAUCUACUAGCUGCAAAAGAGUCUGACGGUCUACCAAUUGCAGUAGUUGCUGGUGGAGCUGCAGGUGGAGUCGUCGUUCUCAUUGUCUUUCUAAUCAUUAUCAUCGUCACUUGCUAUCGACGUAAACAAAGUUUUGCACUCGAUGAAGAUAAGCAACGGUCUCCAGUAGCAAGUGCUACCACAAUCGACAAUCCCACCUACUGGACAGAAACAAAAAAUAGAGAAAGACUGAAACAAAGUCAUGUUGACAGCAGUGGACAAACAGCUGCAUCCUCAUUAUGCGAAAAUAUUAACAAACCGACGGCUAUUGUUUCACCCGUGCAACGCCCCACUGCGACCGGAGAUGACGGUAUAAGAAAAGAAGACCAGUAUGAUGUGUUGGACCGAAAAAUGGAUGAUGAAGUGAUUGUUACAAAACAUGACAGUCUAGGCGAACGUUACUCAACGCUAGAAAACAGAAAAUACAGUGUGUGUGACCGAAAGACGGAAGAAAUUCCUGUUACAACAGAAGGCGUUCCAUUAGAGGGUUACUCUGUAGUUAAGCGAAUGUCGGACAAGAGGCAGAAGAAUGCUGAUAGCAGUCGUUUAGAUGGUCAAUAUGAAGAAGCAGUGAUAAGUGGAGGUUACGAACUCGUAGGCAGUGCAAACAAUCCUUCAUCAAACGUCCAAACACAAAACGAUCUCGAAGAAGAUACCCCGUACGCAGUACCAGACAAACCGAAACAAGCAGUAAGUGCGCGUUUGUCUGCGUCUUCGACGGAUGGUAGGCAAUUUGAAGUUACCGCCAAAAAACCAAAACAGCUCGCACAACGUUUGUCUACAACAUCUGCAAGUGAACCAUAUGAAGAAGUCGUGCAGUCAGGUAGCAAUAUAGAAGAAAAUCCUUACUCUCUACCGAGUGAGCACAAAACUAAGGCUCGUAAGAAUACCGUGUCACCAAAAACUGAGUAUUCCUACGCCAAGCCUGAUUCUAAACGAGCAACGACGGUCGAGAGUGACCGCUUAGUGAUAGCAGAAGUUACGACAACAAAACAAGACGAUGAAGAAAUACCACCAGGAAAUAGUGAAAAUCCCUACGCUGCACCAGAGGAAGUAAAGCACAAGAACGCCAGAAGUGUUACACUCCCCAGUGAGUACUCCUAUGCGAGGCCCAACGUCAAGAGAGAAAUGAAGAUAUCAGGUAGCCGUUUGGUGACCGGAUCAGCAACAAUGACGGCACAACAAGACGACACGGACAGCAAACCAAAUGACGAGAACGAUGAGAAUCCAUAUGCUCUACCAGAUGAGAACAAAACGAGGACGACUCACAAUGCUCCUCCAUCACUACCUCCACCAAAUGCACAAGAUUCUCGCACCCAACCAGAACAACACGAUCAGUCCAACGCAGACAGAUCUGCUGGUAAAAGUCAUUCAUCUAUCUCUCCCAGCCAAUUCACUGCAGUAAAAGACACAUACGCUGUUGCCAAUAAACAAUCUAAGAAGAAACAGUCGACCGUGUCACACAUGUCAGUUGGUGACAGUGAAUACGCUGUUGCCAACAUACAAGCAAAAAAGAAACAGUCGACAGUCUCACAUAUGUCGGUUGGUGACAGUGAAUACGCUGUUGCCAACAUACAAGCCAAGAAAAAACAAUCAACAGUCUCACAUAUGUCAGUUGGUGACAGUGAAUAUGCUGUAUCGAGCAAGCUACCAUCGGGAAGUCCAAAAUCAAACCGAAAAUCUGCAGUCGCAUCCAAACCAAAGCAUUACCAGACGGAAGGGACUGAAUAUACUGUAUCCGCAAAGUCUCAAUCUUUGCCUCGCGAUGCGAUGGAUGCAACUGCUUCAUCGGUUCAAAAGAAAGGAAAGUCUGACGUGAAGUAUACAGACGUGGAGAUUAUACCGCCGAAAACGAAGCGACACGUGACGUCUGAAGAAAACGUGGAGUACGCCACUAUUGACCAUACCAAGCACUGAAACAUUUAGUUAAUACAUUGACAUAAAUGCAGCUCUACUUGCACUCUAGUGCAAUAACUUAUCUAAAUUCUUGCUUUUUGUAUCGUAUAUAUUGCUUUGUUUAUCGUAUAU